CAUUUGCCCCGCCCCGACACUUACGCGAGGUCACAGUUUGUCCUGUCACAGCGCCCGUCCCAGAAAUGCCAUUAUUCCUGCAUGGAGGCAACAACAACAACAAUUCUUCGCCAAAACUACUUCAUAUUUUAAAAACAGGCUGUCUAUAGGACAAUAUCUAGUCCUUGCUAACGAGACGGUUGGUUGUCAUGGCUGGCUGUAAUGUUGAGAAUGCCUCUUAUGGUCUUACCGUAUGUGCGGAGAGAACUGCGAUACAGAGAGCGGUCGCAGAAGGCUACAGAAGAUUUACAGCCAUAGCUGUCACAUGUGAUAUCAAAGAUAGUUUUGUGGGACCGUGCGGAGCUUGCCGACAGGUAUUAAUGGAGUUUGGCACUGAAUGGGACGUUUACCUCACUAAGCCAGAUGGAAGCUAUAGGAAAACCAGUCUCAGAGAUCUCUUGCCUUUAGCUUUCACACCGGCUCACCUGCAAAAGAACUGAGCGCAAUAACCCUUUUGGUUUUUAUGUAUUGGGAUUUGAUUUGCUCUUUGAUCUAAAAUGUGAAGAAUGUGAAUUUCCUUGUAAUAUAUGCUUGAGGAGUUUGCCUAUUAGCUAUAACUGGCCUGUGUUGAUGUUAGGGCCCAAACGUGAAAAUUCUCUCAUCGUUUACUCACCUUUUGUUUCUGUUAUGUGCCUGGGGGUGUUGCUUUGUUGUUCCCUCUACCCCUUUCUGUUUUUAUUUGCUGUCUGCUAUCCUUUUUAAGAUCUUAAGCUAUCCUUCUCAAACCUUAAUGUGUUUCUUUCUUCUGCUGAACACAAAGAAGAUAUUUUGAAGAAAUCUGGAAACCUGUAACCAUUGUUUUUUGUAGCAUUUAUUUUUCGGAAGAUAAAGGUUACAGGUUUUCAGCUUUCUUCUAAAUAUCUUUUGUUUUUAACAGAAGAAAGAAACUCAUAGAGGUGGGGAACCACCUGAGGGGGAGUAAACGGUGCAUUUUCAUUUUUAGUUAAAUCCUGCCUUUAAAGUCCCUAUGAACUGGAAGCUGUGGUCGUUAUUCUUUUAAUACUCUGCCGCAGUUCCUUGAGAAGCUGAAUAUUAAAUGAGAAAACAGUGGGUGUCUUUGUGUUUUCCGCUGCAAGCUGAUUGGAUGCAGUAAAGUAGGCAUUUUAUUCAUAAAGAUGGGGAAAGUGUUUGAGGAGAGUUAUUACAAGAUACCUCCUGCUCACCUUUUCUGUUUGUUGUCAAAACUGACCGUUGCAGCAGCAUGGUUAAAUAUGUAAGCCACAACCAAUUCCUAAGAUAUACAAAACCUGACAAUUUAACUGAAAACCAACAGGAAGUUCAUUUUCAGAUUUAAAUUAAAGAUUAUAAGGGCAAACUAUUUUUCAUUUUCUUAAUGAAAGAUGAAUUGUUCACCACAAAACUAGCAAUGUGAACUACUGUAACAAAAUCAUAUGGUGAGUUUUGAUUUCUUGGGGACUUUUAAGGCCAUUCCUGUCACAACAUCACCACUAGAGAGCACUGCACACCCUGAAAUGUUCUCAAGCCUGUGUUCAAAUCCAGUCCAUGAUAAUGGCCAAUGAUUCCAGUGUUCCUAGUUUUGUUGAAUAUCAGCUACAUAGACAAAAUAAAUAAAAGGUAAAGGUUAUUUAAACCUGUAGAGUUAUGCUUUGUUUUUUUUAAAUAUUUCAACACAUAUGCUUCUGUUGUUUUUUAAGAAAGUCUAAACCAGGGGUGUCCAAACCAAAGAGCUUAGACUCACAAUCAUGAUUCUGUGCUCUUUGUCCAAACUCAGUCCUACAGGGCCUGAAUCAGAAAGAGCUUCAGAAUCAGAACGAGCUUUAAUUGCCAGGUAUGUUUGAGUAAUUACACAUACGAGUCAUUUGUUUUCGUGACAGAGCUUCUACAGUGCAACAGAAUGACAGAGGCAGGACAAAAACAGAUAAUAAAUAUAUUUUAAAAAUAGAAGUAAAUAUUGAAUGCAAAUAUACAAAUGGACAAGUGUAUGUGCAGGUAUAUCACUCUAUACAAUGUUAUAUGUACAGCUGUUAUGUGCAAAUUGUAAAGUAUGUUAAAUAAAUAAGUGUUUAUGUGUACAAAAAGUUGUGAUGUUUGUUUCACAGUUACUAUCAUAAGGUGUUUAUGAGAUGGAUUGCCCGAGGGAAGAAACUGUUUCUGUGUAAGGCUGCUCUGGUGCGCAGUGCUCUUUAGUGUCUACCAGAAGGUAAAAGUUUAAAGAGGCAGUGUGCUGGGUGUGAGGGGUCCAGAGUGAUUUUGGUAGCCCUUCUGCUCACUCUGCUUACAAGUAAAGUUCUUGGGCAGUAGGGAGGGUUGUACCAGUGAUUCGCUCAGCAGUCUGAACUAUCCGACGUAGACUUCGGAGGUCAUAUUUGGUAGCUGAGCUAAAUCAGACAGUUAUUACAGUGCAGAAGACUGCUUCAAUGAUCGAAGUGUGGAACUCUAUUAGCAGCUUAUUUUGAAGGUUGAACUUCCUCAGCUUAUGAAGAAAGUAUUUAUAUUGCAUAACAAUAGAUUGAAACUGUUGAAUGUUUGACACAAAAAAUAUAAAUUGAUGCAUUAAUAUUGUUCAGAGAUGUGUAAAAAAAAUGGUAACAUUUGGUAAUGUUUGUGACUGACAAUUCAAAUGUGUUCUGCAUUAAAAGCCAGGUAAGGCUCAAUAGAAUAUAUAUUUUUAUCCUAUAGUAAAGGCACAGUAAAGUGAUCGAAAUUAGCAGUAAUGUACUUAAUAUUUUCAAAAUAUGUAAAGUGUAAAUGUACAAUGUUAAAGAUAUAAUUGGUAAAGUUUAAUAUAAUGUUUUUAAAGAAGUAUCAGGGUUUUUGCUAAAUUUUAACCAUAACAGUUUUUUCCAACUAUGAAAAACUAUUUUUAACUAUUAAUAUUAAUUCUGAAUGAUCAUGUGACAUUUCAGUAAUAUUCCACAAUAUUACCAUUUUUACUAGUCUUCAGUCAUGAUGAACACAGGAGACUUUUGUCAGAAACUUUUUUUUACAUUCUAAAAAUGAAAGGUUCCAGUGGUGGAUUAGCAGUGAUGAAGCCGUAGACUAAACAUUAUGCCAUAAAAAUCAUUAUGGAUUCCAAAAAGAACAUUUCGACCUUCAUCUUUAUUUUUUAUUUAUGUGAAGAAGCAUUUUAGAUAAAUAUCCAAGAAUGUUUGGUGCAAUGUAAAGAUUAUGUAGAGGUUAAAGCUGCUUUAUUUCGUGUUUUCUUUGUAUUUAUAUUGUAUUGUGUUGUAACUGUAAACUUUUCAAACAUAAAAGUAACAAUGGAUAGCAUCUAUUUGGACAGAGUGAUUUUAGACAUUAGAGCACUGUAGGAUUCAUGAAAAACAGCUUGAUAGAGACAGUUUUCCAGUAGAGAGAGAGUUAUUGGUAAUCCCUGUGACCCUGGUGCCCGGGGCUGUUUGAAAUUCUCCUCACUAUGAGGCAGAGGGGCCAACAUACUGUUCUGUCACAUGGGAACAACACUCACACAUUGUUCCCUUAGUAGGCUGUGAGGGGAAAGUGAACAUUAUUAGUUGGCAGGAGAGCUACAAUGAAAAAGAACAAGUCUGUUUUUUUAGCAUUAAUUCACCAAACUAAAAUAAAAAAUUAAGAAAAGGUUUGACUAUGCAAUACAUUACAGUUUAUUUCAUGAUAUAAAGUUGGUCAAACAGACUACACAGUGCUAUCAGUCUGACAUUUUGCAGAAAAUGCAAACUUAUUUGUACACUAAUUACAUAACAAGCAUAUGUGUACAUACCAACACAGUAAAAAUUGUAUAAAAAACAAAGAGAGAAAAAAAAUGUAAAAUGAAAUCUAUUUGCAUAAAGAAACCACCAUGUGCUCUUAAAGCCUGUGGCUUUUGCUACACUUUAACGAUUUUUUAUUUUAUUUUUUAUUUUCUUUCUUUUUUUCUGGGUGCUUAACAGUAAUAUUAUUGUUUUUAUAAGAUUGUGAAACAGCAGAAAUAUAGCCUAUCUUUUCUUUUUUCUUUUCUUUUUUUGGUGGGUGCGCAACAGUAUUAUUAGCAAUUUGUUUUUUAAAGAUUGUGAAACAGCAGAAAUAUAGAUUGAUUACUUUAGAUUAUCAGUUGUCUCUGACACAGUUUCCUUUGUUACAAAGUACAGACGACUCACACCGAGGCUUUAUGACAUGAUGGUUGUGCAGUAAAUGUUAUUGCGCUUUUUAAGUCGUGUCUGAAAAGGCGCAUUUAUAAGUAUUUUUUCCGUAUUUUCCAUCUAGGAAAGUGUAUUGAUUUCCACGAGGAUGUUUGCAGGAUGAAUUCCUGUUCACUCAAGUGAACUCAGGCUUAUUGAUGCGCUCAACAGGGAACAUUUAAGGGGGAAACUCCUGAACUUGAAUUACAGUAUGAUACAAUGAUUAAGGGUUAACCUGUCGUGCAUGUUAUAUUCAUUUAAUUAAAAUAGGUAUUUGUCCUUAAUGCAAAAGUUUAUCAGUUAAUAUAAUUUGUUUCAAAGUCCCUUUUCAUUUCC